AUGGUCUCUAUGGUCGACCACAAUGACAUGGUCAUGGACCCGAUCGUGCCUAAACAUGAACCCGGUCCUGAUGGCUCCAUCAGCUCGGCCGUCUCAACACCUGACCCUGAGGCCGAACCCUUGACGCAGGACGCCGCGCAAACUCAGAAGAGGAAGGGUGGCAGGAAACCUAUCUAUGCCACCUCUGAAGAGCGCAAGCAGCGCAACAGACAGGCCCAGGCGGCCUUCCGUGAACGCAGGACAGAAUACAUACGCCAACUAGAGACGACCAUCAAGCGCAAUGAAGAGUCCCUGCAGAGUCUGCAACAGAGUCAUCGCACCGCCGCCGACGAAUGUCUAAUGCUGCGAUAUAAGAACUCCCUGUUGGAGCGCAUCCUCCUGGAAAAGGGCAUUGAUGUACAGGCUGAGCUACGCCUGAAGACCGGGGCGCCGGGAGCCCCUCCCAAGGCAAACCCCAUGCCCCCCAAGGUAGCGCCAAACGCGGCAGGGCCCCGCGUGAAUCAACGACACCCUGCAGGCAUCGCCUCCAAGCCCGAUGCCUUCGGCAUGUCGCAGCGGGAAAGUGCAUACGGGAUCCCGUCGCCGCAAUUCCAAGCAACGCCCACCUCCCACGUCUCCUCGCCCUCGCACACCAAGUCUCCCGGCUAUGGCUUCCAGGGUGCCAUGUCCCCCGUCGGCGUCGACUCCCAGGUCAGCGGACGACCCCAGCUCCUCCCCCAACCUCGGACCUUCAGCCAGACUUCGCCGCCGGCAAUCAGCAUGCCGCAGACGGAGCCGUCAGAUCCAAAACCCCAGUCCCGCGGCGCGGGAGCCAUGGGCCCUCGUGGUGCGCGGGUCGCAGCUGCUGCUUACUAUCCUUCUCCGUUCCAGAAACACUAUGAUCAGCUCGAACAAGAGUACGACGCACAGGCCGACCUGGUCGACGAUGACCACGAUGGCUCGGCAUCGUACGUCCCAGGAUUCACCCCGCAAUCCGUCGCCUCGGGUUCUCACGCCAUGUCCGCUUUCAGCCAACCCAGCGAGAGCACGCCCAGCGACUUCGGCAAUGCAAAUCAAUUACUCGGCCAGUAUGAGCCGAUGCUGGAUACCGAUCCGUUCGGGUUAAGUGCUAGCAUGCAUUUCCCCACGCCGUUCAACUACGAGCACAACAACUCGCGGCAAUGA